AUGAACACAUCUAUCUUCAUUGAGAAGGGUCCUGCGAUACAAAUUGCGGCCCGUGCCUGCGACGAUCAACUCCACGAUAUGAUACAAAUUACCCACCGAGGGAAAACCGCUUUGAGAGAGCUUCAACAAAGGUUUCUGGCCUGGGCAAACAAUUCCGGUGUCUUCGCAGAGCCACAGCUCUGCCUUGACGCUCGACUGAGCGGUCACAAGCCGCCUCAAUUGAUCAUUUUAAAGAUGCUCAAGCUCAUACAGCGCAAUCUCGAAACUGCGCGGAGCAACACUAUCAUUGUGCAGGAGGGGAAACCCGAGACUAGGUCAGGGGGCAGGUUUCAAGAAACCGCUGUUCAAUUAAAUCAUACCGAGCAACCUGGCCGAGAUUUGGACAUUAAGUAUCUGAACAGCGCCUUCAAGGGGAUAUCAGGCGCUGUCGAAAGACUCAAUCGCGUAGCCGCGUUGAUCUCGAAAUCUUCUAAAUCAAGCAGGCCAGCUAGAGUGGAAGAGUUCAUCCGAAGAAAUCCCAAGGACUCGGAAACUGAAACACUCAUCACAGUCAUGGUCUCCAGCAAGUUCCAGGACAUCCCCGGCUUGUUGAAGAAACAGCUUAUAAGAUCCAUGAUCUAUCGAAUACAACGACUCGACUACGAGUGCGACAGACGCGAAAGGGUAUACAAUACACAUGCUGGAGAAGAUCAUACAAGCGUCUGGCAUGAUGAUGAGAAAGCAUCGACAUAUCAUCAGUCGAUCUUCAAUGAGGGCUAUCCUGCAAUGCAAUCAGAGCGGACCAGCUCGAUUAGCACGGCGGCAACAGCAACAGAAACAGAGAUUCAAUAUCCGCGGCAACCCAAGGCUGAAACUUCUGAAGACAUCACAAGGAAAUCCCAGUCACAACGUAACAUGGAGAUUGGUAGAAUUAAUCAAGCUCUACGAGUACUUAGGCGUCACGUGGAUGAAGACGUAGAGCCGUUUGUUUGCAUUUCGGAGAAGUGUGCAUAUCCCCCUCAAACGUUUGCGAAGUUGACCGCAUGGCGAACACACAUGGAAACCGAACAUGGUCUUGACUGGAUGCAUCACGCUCACCGCCCGCAAGACUCGGAACACGAGCAAAAAGCAGUAAUAUGCUUUAUGUGUAAACAAGUCAUACCAGAACAGGAACCGCAGCGAGGGCAAUCUGCUGGAUUGUCUGAGCCUGUCAACACUACACGCACCACUAUUAUUCCAGAGAGUCCAACGCCGAAUUAUCGACGCCGUCAAGUCCAGUUUGCAGAUGACAAUAAGGAGUCGAGAGUCGCUCCGGAAUCUCGAUUGAAGGGAAUUGAAGUUACAAGGACCCAUUCCAGCCAAACAAACCUAGCAAGCCACAUUGCAAGUCAUCUUCAGUCCCUGUGCUACCAGUCAAUCAGCAUUGGAGUUGAUGAUGAAGAUACAGAAGAUGAAGAUAUAGAAGAGGAAGGUACAGAAGAUGAAAAUACAGAAGAUGAAGGUACAAAAGAUGAAGGUACAAAAGAUGAAGGUACAAAGGUUAGCGACAACACAGAAGGGGGCGUUGCCGAAGGGGAGAAUGAGAGAUCCUCGUCCGAUGGUUUGGAUCGUUCCAGCGGUCAAGGUGGGAAGGAAAAAGAUGUUUCGGUAGAAUCCCAGAAAAGGGACUUACACACUGACACAAGUUCCCCAUCGAGAUCAGGCCAGAGGAACGAAUUUCGAGCAACUGACGUAAUUUUUCAUCGGUACGGCAACGUCCGAGUCUUGCAAAAGAUUCUACUACACUUUGGCAUUCCAAAGACCGAUAUCAACAUAAGGGUAUGA